AUGAAUAAACGUUUUAUUUUAUUUUUUCUAGGCGGUCAAGUGUUGCCAAUUUGGAAUUAUGAAAAACCCAGACCUAAGAAAACCUGUCCCGACUAUGUACCUGUGGGACGAGGAACAACUGCAGCGCCGCAAGAUUUGCUCGGUGAUUUGUUCCUAGAAGAGAAAGUCGAUGACCAAACACUUAUUGUUACGUCGUCUACUCUCGAUGAAGUUCUAGAAACGAUGAGCAGCGAAAAGGAGCUCGAGAUCGAGGCUAACUCUCUCCGUAGAGUCGCCUUUUUUGGCGUUGCCAUCUCCACGAUGGCGACCCUCGUUUGCGUCAUCUCGGUCCCAAUGCUCUACAACUACAUGCAGCACAUGCAGUCGGUUAUGCAAAGUGAGGUUGACUUCUGUAAAUCUCGCUCCGGAAACAUCUGGCGAGAGGUUACCCGAACACAGGUGCUAGCCAAGGUCUCCGGAGGAGCCCUCAGAAGCCGUCGUCAGGCUGGAUACACCUCUGCUGGAGUUGAAGGAAGCUUCGACUCAGCCCCUGCUGGAGGUUGCUGUGGUUGCGGAGUUUCUCCUGCUGGACCCCCUGGAGCCCCAGGACCCAACGGAGAAGAUGGAGCAGAUGGUCAGCCUGGAGCACCUGGUAAGGACGGACCCGACGGACCUCCAGCCACCCCCGCUCCUCCUCACGACUUCUGCUUUGACUGCCCCGAUGGCCCCGUCGGACCUCCAGGAAACCCAGGACCAAAGGGACCCCCAGGAAACCCAGGAGCCGAUGGACAGCCUGGAGCCCCCGGACAAGCUGGAACCCCAGGACCCCAAGGACCCCCUGGACCUCCUGGAAACGAUGGACAGCCAGGAAACCCAGGAGCACCAGGAGCUCCCGGACAACUCCACGAGGUUCCCGGACCCAACGGACCCCCUGGACCUCCCGGACCACAAGGACCCCCUGGACCCGAUGGACAGCCUGGAUCAGAUGGACAACCCGGACAGCCUGGACCCCAGGGACCUCCUGGAGACAAUGGAGCUGCUGGAGCUCCUGGACAGCCUGGAGCAAACGGAGAGAAUGGACCCGAUGGAGAGACUGGACCAGCUGGAGGAUGCGACCACUGCCCUCCACCUCGUACCGCUCCCGGAUAUUAA